CAUAAAUCAUUUUUAUUUUCACACAAAUUUUUUGAACUUUUACCCCUAAAAUAAUUGUAUUACUAUAUUCUUAUUUAAGUAUCUUUUUCGCUCGCCUGCUACAGAGUAAGACAUCCUGUCACUCCACCCAUCUCCGCAGCUGUAGUCCUUCUGACUUCCGGGACAGCUCAGCGCCUCCACGCAGCAGUGUUUCUCCCGCUGAUGCUCCCCGGGGCUCCCUUUGCUCUUCCUCCGCGGUCCUGUUCCUCAGCUUCGGCCACCUUUACCCGAGAGAACCAGAGCCUGCCUUCUGCUUCCAGCACCUCAACCACCCGGAGAUUCGGAGCGAAGACCGGUUCGGAACCGACAACUGAGCUUAGCCGGGAGGCUAGCGGAGUUAGCUGUGCAGGCAGUGGGGUGAAGGUUUGGUCCGGACGGGACAGAGAGCGCAGCAUGGCGGCUGGCAGCAGGAAGACCGGGGAGGCUCCGAGCCAGAAUGAAGCCAACAGGAAGUUGAAGUACAUCAGUCUGGCCGUGUUGGUGGUCCAGAACGCAUCGCUCAUCCUCAGCAUCCGCUACGUCCGCACGUUGCCGGGCGACCGCUUUUUCACCACGUCGGCCGUGGUCAUGGCGGAGGUCCUGAAGGUGAUGACAUGUCUGCUUAUUAUCCUGCUGCAGAAGAGAUUCAACGUGAAGGAGACCGUCUGCUUUCUUCUUGACUCCGUCGUCUUUCAGUACAAAGACACUCUGAAGCUGGCCGUGCCAUCACUCAUCUACACGCUGCAGAACAACCUGCAGUACGUGGCCAUCUCUAACCUGCCGGCUGCCACCUUCCAGGUGACCUACCAGCUGAAGAUCCUCACCACGGCACUGUUCAGCGUCCUAAUGCUCAGGAAGUCUCUGUCCAGAGUUCAGUGGAUUUCCCUGCUGCUGCUGUUCGCCGGUGUCGCCAUUGUGCAGGUGCAGCAGGAGGGAAACAAAGAGGCGGCAGUGGCUGACUCCUCCAACCAGAACUACAUGGUGGGUCUGAUUGCCGUGGUGAUCAGCUGCUUGUCGUCAGGGUUCGCCGGCGUUUACUUUGAGAGGAUCCUGAAGGGGAGCUCAGCAUCGGUAUGGAUGAGGAACGUGCAGCUGGGGAUCUUUGGCACGGCGCUCGGCCUGCUGGCAAUGUGGUGGAACGAUGGAGCCGCCAUCUCUGAACAUGGCUUUCUGUUCGGUUACACCGGCAUGGUUUGGUGUGUCAUCUUCAACCAGGCGUUCGGUGGGCUGCUUGUGGCUGUGGUUGUGAAGUAUGCAGACAACAUCCUGAAGGGUUUCGCCACCUCUUUCUCAAUUAUCGUAUCCACAGUGAUGUCCAUCUACCUGUUUGGCUUCCAUGUGGACCUGCUCUUCACUGCGGGGGCGGGGUUGGUUAUUGGUGCCGUCUACAUGUACAGCCUCCCCAAGGCGCCUGGUGGCUCUCUGUCCCCAAACUCCUCUUCUUCCUCAGUCUCUGCAGAGCCGCAGAGGACGUUUGGAGACAGCGAAAUGGAGGCGUUUCUGCCAAAAGCUCCUCCCUCGGCCACCAGUGGCAAAGACUAAGUCCUAGAAGCGAAGCAGGAAGGAGCUGCAGCGCCUCCUGCUGUUCUCUCUGCCUUAAAACUCUUUGCUAACGGAAAGAAAGAUGCGCCUUACACUGACUGGGCUACUGCUUUGAUUAUUGCUGAUUGGUUUUUCUGUGGGCAUCUACACUAGAGGAUCUCCUGCAGACUGUGUUCGGUGCCUUUUCCUUUCAUCUGUACAGAAGCCAUACGGUGAUCAGCCCACUCAGUGAGAACGUGCUCAUUGAUUGGAGAAUCUUUGAUUUCUUGAACAGAUUUCUGAUGUUUGUCAUUGGAGGGGGCAUGUCCUGCAGGGGCAUCAGGUGUCAUCUGUUUGCUGCUUCUUGGUAUUUGUAUCACUUCAAUUUGGGAGUAAGGUUUUCACUUUUUUUCACUAGAAAAUAAUAAAGUAAAUAUCCAUGCAGUUCUGUUUAGUUUAGAAAUGAGGUCUUAUAUCUCUGCUGAACCUCCAUGUGAUCUGGGAUAUUUCUCUCUUUUUGUAACUAUGGAAACCAUUCACAUUCUGGCUGCAGUACUGGGCGGAGCCGUAUGCGGGUGGGGUCAGUCGUUUGCCCCGCCCACAGCUCUUGUCAGUUUUUUCUCCUGCUGGCAGAAGUUGGUAUCACAGCCGUGCUUUAUUAAAAGAUUUGUUUUUAAAUCCAAAUGUUUGUUAUAUGCAAUAAUGAAACUUUCUUUUAAAAAGAAAGCAUGAAGUUUGAUUUCAGUCAUUUGUAAAAGAAAGCACACCCUCCCUCUUUCAAAAACAACACAUUAUAGCAGACUUAUUUAACAAAGAUGAGGUGAAAAUGAUUAUAAUGGAAUAAAUGAAUACAUACAAACCACAUUCAUGUCAAAUGACCUUCAGAGAGGCAUAGACUGUUUAAAGUGACCAAACCUCUGUGGUCCGAUGCAGUCAAGUUCUGAACAGGAACCAUGAAGUUGGUGAGAGUCAGCUUUCUGCUGCAGACUGUAUGCAGAUAUGACGUGUUGGUUAGGUAGGAAGGACACAGUUUGGGCCAGUAAGAGUUUCUGCAGAAAAGAAAGUGAAUUUGUUUGCAUUCUGAAGGAGGCUUCAGAACUGAUAAGCCAGCUGUUUGCUGCCAUCUGGUGGUAAAAUCAGUUGACUCCAUCCAAUCAGUUUGAGGUUAAAAAAAGCCCACGUCCGGUAUGGUUUGGUCCUGAGCCACAAAGUUUCUGACUCAGCAGUAAAUUGGUUGAAACCUCUUACUUAGAUUUCGACUUGGUUUUCUGGGUUAAUUCCUGGCGGCAGCAUAUUGUAGAUUGUUCCCUGAGGAAACGGAGUCCACAUGGAGACAAAAUCUGAAGGAGAACGGUUUCAUGGAGGAGAUUGUGUGUGUGUUUACUAAGGUGGGAGUGGGUGGUGUGUUUUUUUUUUCUAGUUGGUUGAGCAGGAAUCUUUAAGCCUCAGGUGGAAACUUGAUUUAGUUUUGGAUCAAAACCAAUUGGACCAUAAAUGUUUCAGAAGAACAUAUCGGUCUUAUUGGUGAUAGUCAUCAUGUUAGGGAGACUAUUUUAGAUUCUGAACAGAUAAUGAUGUUUUAUUUGGUUUAUUUAACAGCAGUUUUUUGUUGGUUUAAUUUUUUUAAGCAUUUUUUAUUGUCUCAUUUCACAGAAAUCCUUUUUAUUCUUCUUUAAACAGAAGCUUCAGUUUUGCAGACUCCUUCAAUGUGGUUUCAGGUGCUAAACAUGAUCUCAAGAGGCGUUUAGACCUCCAGGAUAACAAGGAACCAGUUUUCUCUCUAAGAUCCAAAGGUCUGACUAUAAAGCCUCAUCACAUGGUUGAUUUUCCUUUCUGUUGUCAUCUUUGUGUUUUUAUGAUGAAAAGUUUAUUUUAGGUGCUCAGUAGAAGGUGCUGUGGUGAGACAUCAGUGCAGACCACAUCCAUCAGUUUACUGAUCCUCAUAGGAAGUUAACGCCUGUUUUGUGUGUGAGCUGCAGCAGCAGAAGAUCAGAGUGAUGCAUGAUGAUGAUGGAGGCGACAAAAAAAACAACAAUUUAAUAAUUACAAUCUCAAAAUUUGUAUUUUUUUUACACUACAUAUUUAUUUGUUAGUAAAUGAAAAUUUGUUCUGUUAGUCCUUCAAAAAAAAUCCCCAACAAUAUUAUCUCUAAAUAGGGUUUUAGCCAUUUUUUCCCCCAAAAUUAGAUUUUUAAUUUUAUUUAUUUAUCAUUAUUAAAUACAAAAUAUGUUCUAAUUUAAUGAUCAACCUUUAUUAGUUUUCUCCCACGUCAGUGGCCUGCUUGCGGUAUGUGACCAUGUUUAAUGUCUCAGAAUUAUUCCUUAAUAUCUGUUGAUCUGGUUCUCAGUAACGGAACUGGAUCAGCCUCCAGAAGGAUCUGAUCACCUUGAUCUGGGGUCAGGGUUAGUGGGUCAUUGGCGCAGACCACUGAUUUACAAGGAACUUGCGUACUCAGAAUGACCACCAGAGGGCGGACGUCGUCAGCACCUGAUAGAGUUUGGUUCUAGGCUCCUAAAAUUUUAAAUAUUUUCCAUCACUUUUCUGCAUGAGGACCAAAUUAUCUUAAAGUCUAAAUAUUCCCUCUGGAAGGGUUAGGGUUAGUUGGCUGAGUGUUUAUGAUCUCAUGGGAGCAGUUAUCAAAGUAGAUAUUUGUGUCACCUCAUUAAAAACGUUUGACCAAAAACGAAAUGCUGAAAUGCCAAAAUUAUUAAUAAAAAUAUAUUUUUUGUUGUCCAAAUGUUUAUUUUUAUUUUAUUUUGCAAUUUUGCUAAUUCAUCAUCAUUACAUUAAAUACAUGUAAAACAUUCUAAUUACUCAACAAACAAAAUGAAUUAAAUGAGCAAAAAUAUAUAAAUAAAUUAAAGGCAAAUAUUGGUUUGUUUUAUCUCUUAAUCUGUUUAGAGUUCAUCAAUUUUUAUAUCUAUUUUUUCUGAAAAUAGUUUUUUUUUUUUUUUUUUUGGAAAAAUGAAAGAAUGUCAUGAAAAUAUGAACAAAACAAAAGCUAAACCACUCUUCUUCCUGUCGAUAAGCCCAAUGUUUUAAUUGUCUUUACAUUUUGAAGCUUCUGUUUUUGAAAUUUAAAUAUUUAUAGAGUAUAAAAUAUGAAAUGUAUCAGUUGUUUAUUGGCUUUUUUCAUUUUGUGGAAUGAUGAUAUAAAUUCACCUGAACAUAACGCAGAGUUUCUGUGUUUGGUGGAAAUCUAUAGAUUUUCUGAAUCGGUUAGAUUUGAUCUGAGGUGACAGCGUGGAUCGCCCCCUGCUGGCAGUUUUAUUGUAUUAAAGAAUUGGAAACCCGGGUCCUGGUUUUGUCACCUCUUCCUGGUGGAGUUUUUUUUCUUAAAACUGUUUGGAUAGUUCGGUUGAACUCGAUUGCUGAUUUGUUUCACAGUUUGUGGGUUUGUAUAUUAUUCUUUGGGUAAAUUUUAUAAAACAAGCACUAAACUCUG